CGGGCGGAAGCACCUCUGCCAUUGGCCCAGCGGCGGCUUUUACCUGCGCGGAGCCCGGGGGCCCGAGCUCAAAGUCCGCGACAUCCUGCGGGAGAGGCAGCCGCGUCCGCAGUGCAGGUGGGCUCCCGCCCUCGGCCAGGCAAGAUGCCCCUGGGGUUGCGGAGAAAGGUGAAAGCCAAGUCCAAGGAGGCCGCCCAGCUGGUGAAGGUCGAGCAGGUGGGCGCGGGCGGUUGCAGCCUUCCGGACCCCCCGCCUCCCACACGCAAGCUGGUUUUCUACACGCAGCUGGCCCACGGCAGCGCCACCGGCCGAGUGGAGAAUUUCACCUGCGUCCAGGAGCUCUACGCCAAGAUCGCGGGAGUGUUCGGGAUCUCGGCGUCUGAGAUCUUAUAUUGCACUUUAAACACACCUAAAGUUGAUAUGGAAAAUCUCUUAGGAUCGCAUGUAGGUCUUGAAGAUUUCAUAUUUGCCCAUGUGAAAGGGAACCAAAAAGAAGUGAAUGUAUAUAAGUCGGAGGACUCACUUGGUCUCACCAUUACAGAAAAUGGAACUGGCUAUGCUUUUAUAAAGAGAAUUAAAGAUGGUAGCCUAAUUGAUGCGGUUAAAACCAUCUGUGUGGGGGAUCAUAUUGAAUCCGUAAAUGGAGAAAAUAUCACUGGGUGGCGUCAUUAUGAUGUUGCAAAAAAAUUAAAGGAAUUAAAAAAAGGUGAAUCUUUUACCUUGAAGUUAAUAGAACCUAAGAAGGCAUUUGAAGUAGAGCCAAGGUCAAAAGCUGGAAAAUCAUCAGAAAAAAUUGGCACUGGAAGAGAGACACUUCGCCUGAGAUCAAAGGGUCCUGCCUCCAUCGAAGACAUGCCCUCUGAAACCAAGACAAAAGCAAUUGAAAAGAUUGAUGAUCUUCUUGAAUUGUACAUGGGAAUUCAAGAUACCAAUUUAGCUACCACAAUGUUUGAAGCUGGAAAGGACAAAGGUAAUCCAGAUGAAUUUGCUGAGGCAUUUGACGAAACUCUUGGAGACUUUGCGUUCCCAGAUGAAUUUGUCUUUGAUGUUUGGGGAGUCAUUGGUGAUGCGAAACGAGAAUGACGAUGACGUGGAUGAUCCGUCUCUGGAGAAAUGAACAUUCUUUUUAAAAAUAUCCAUAAGGUCUGAUUUUUAGACACUGUUAUAGAC